AUGUCUGAUAACAACGUCCAUGACUCCAAGCCUGACUCAGGCGCUGUUGUCCCUGAUGCAAAUGCAAAUGCAAAUGCUGCAGCUACUAAAACAGGGGCAGCAUCUGAUGCUAAAGAUUCAGGUAAAUCAUCGGGUGAUCCAAAAAUUGAAAACCAGCAACAGCAACAGCAACAACAAUUACAAGCUCACUUGCUGGGCCAGGUUAAUCAAGGCUACAACUAUCAACAAGGCCAGGGCUCGUUCCCUAAUAACUACCAAUAUGGACAAAAUGUGAACCAAAAUUACAAUGGCAGCGCAAAUUUUCACAACAAGGGCCAAUACAAUAAUUCUAAUAAACACCAUCCAGGAAACAGACAGAAUUUCAACAACAAUGGUAACAACUCAAACUCCAAGUUCAACCAUAACAACAACAGUCAAAACAAUCCCAAUGCUCUGGCCCAUUCUCACAGAAAGCUGUUUAGUAAUGCUAAAAUGAAUCACACUCAUCCCAAUCAGCAACAGCAACAACAGCAGCAGCAACAGCAGCAGCAACAGCAACAGCAACAGUAUAUGGGAUAUGCAUAUGGCACUGCGGUUCCACAAGCCUUUCAGUACGGCUAUAUGCCUCAAUAUUAUGUUCCUAUGCCAUACAUGUCACCGGCAUCUCAAUCAUAUGUUUCUCCAACCAGCAGCGCUUCCAGUAGCUCAACACCUCAAUACGUUCACCCCCAAACAAGAACUCCACCUGUUCCAAAAGUGAAAUUGACCACCAAGGACGGUAAGCCAGUUGACUUGGAGGAAAAAAAGAAGAAGACUGCAUCGUCAACCCCAGUAGCAUCACCUUACGCCAAACAUGCAUCACCAGCAACUGUCCCUGCAACCACCACUACACAUGCUGAAAAACUGGAAUCAUCAACACCAGGUGCCGCAUCUACAGAAUCUGCUGGUGCUGCAGCUGCCACUGCUUCCGCUGGCUCCCCAGCAUCUGCAUCUGCAUCUGCAUCUGCAUCCGCUCCAGCACCUGUUCUUUCAGCAGCAGAAGAAUUCAAAAGAAAAAUCAGAGAAAAAGCUGCUGCUGCCGCUGCCGCCAAAGAAAAAGAAAAGAAAGAUGCCGAAGGUACUCAAGAGAAGGAAAAACCAAAAGACGAACCAAAAGUCGAACUUGGGGAUGCAGCAGCAAAGGUGGAAACUCUGUCGGACUCUAAAGGAAAUAAUACAGAAACGAGCUCCGAAGCGAAGAAGUCUGAACCUUCAGAGGUUGAAGAACCAAAUAUGAGUGCAGGUUCUGAAUCUGGGGUGACAUCAGAGGUAGCUGAUGAAGGAAAACCCGCGGAGUCUCUUGAAUCUACCCAGCCCAUUGAAGCUACAAAUCAGGAACAAGUGGCUGGUGUUAGCCCAGUAGAACCAACAGAGACGAGAGAACAAGAGAAAUCACAAAGUGAAGAAGUUGGUGAGACCACGCAAACCGAGGCUGUACAACUAGAGACAAAGGAUGAUGUCACAACAGAAAAAGCAGACACUACCGCCGACACUGCCGCCGACACUACCGAAACAUCUGCAUUUGCUGACACUAAAGACGCACCCGAAACGGCAGAACCUGAGUCGUCAGAAAAUACCGAGAAAACACUCGAUAUUUCACAGUUUAUGCAAAAGAUAUCUGAAGUCCAUACAAUUACAAACAUUUUGGAAACUGCUUAUCCUGAGAACAUAAAAGGCGUUGACAGCUCAAAACAAAUUCCCAGCAAAAAGUACAGAUAUGAUCCGCAGUUCUUAAUUCAAUUCCGUGAUGUCGUACAAUACCCCAUUGAUACAGAAUUCAAAACGCGUUAUAGCUACUUGGAAUUUGGCCUGCUGCAAUCCGCCAGACGUUCAGGAUCCACUAGAGACUCCUCGUCUCGUAAUGCCGGUCCAGGUCCUAGACAAUCAAGUAACAUGGGACGUUUUGGUGGCCCUCAUGACAAGCGAGGUGGCCUUUCUAAUGGUCCUAAUGCGUAUGAUAGCAGACAAAAUUCCAGAACCGGCUCUAAAAGAAGAGGUACAUCUACAAGAGAUAAAUCUACUAGAAAACCACUUCAGUCAAAGAGAGGUAGAAACAAUGAAGCACGCGAACCAACCGAAGAAGAAUUGGCUAAGGAGGCGCAGAAACCAGCUGAGGACGUUAAACCGUUGGAGAAAUCGGCAAAUAGAUGGGUGCCUAAGUCAAGAGCUAAAAAGACUGAGGUGCGUUAUGCUGAAGAUGGUAGUAUCAUAAUGGAGAAGGAUGAUGUGGAAAGGAAGAUUAAAUCAUUAUUGAACAAAUUGACGUUGGAAAUGUUUAAUGAAAUUACGGAUGAGAUGUUGGAUAUAACCAAGCAAUCUAAAUGGGAAACUGAUGCGUCAACUAUUAAACAGACCAUAUCUUUAACGUUUCAGAAGGCGUGUGAUGAACCUUAUUGGUCAGAGAUGUACGCUAAAUGGUGUGCCAAGAUGACAACGCACAUUCUUCCGGAAAUCACGGAUGAAACAAGUACAUUGAAAGACGGCACUCACCCAUCCGGUGGUGCAUUGGCUAGAAGAGUGUUGUUAACUACAUGUCAAGUUGAGUACGAAAAAGGUUGGAGUGACAAAUUGCCAACCAAUCCUGAUGGCUCUCCACUCGAGCCAGAAAUGAUGAGUGAUGAAUAUUAUGUCAUGGCUGCCGCAAAAAGAAGAGGUUUGGGUCUUGUCAAGUUCAUUGGUCACUUGUACAAUUUGAAUAUGUUGAAUGACCAGGUCAUUUACGUGUGUCUUAAAGAUCAAUGUAGCAAUACUACUGACCCGUCGGAAGACAGUUUGGAAAAUCUUGCCCAAUUAAUAAAGACUGUUGGACCCAAAUUGGAUGCCAAUGAACGUACUAAAACUAUGCUCAAGAUUGUGUUUGAAAAUAUAAAUACAAUUUUGAACAAUGUCAAGUUGAGUUCUAGAAUAAAGUUUAUGUUGAUGGACUUGCAAGAUUUGAGGAAGGCAAGGUGGCAAACGGGAAAGCAAGAAGCACAACCUACAACUAUCGAAGCUAUACACCGAGAUGCGGAGAUGAAAAAAUUGAAAGAGGAGAGGGAAAAAGGUAGAAGACCGCAAAACACCGGAAGAGGAGGCAGUCUGCAUUAUGGAUCAAAUAACUUGGGUGGUGCUGGUGGCGGAAGUUCGAGAUCAAAUUCAGGGUUUGGCUCAAAUGCAGCAUCAAAUUCAAACUUUUUCAGAAAAUCGCCUUCGGUGGGAAGAUCCGACUCUAAUGUUAGUAGAAGUGCUAGUGAACGUGGAGGUUCGGCUGCCAACACCUCCAGCAACCUUGCCGGAAGUGACAUUCAAAGAGAUUCCUCAAGGAGGUCAGAAAAUCAGCAAGUUAAUAGAUUUGCUGCAUUAGGUGGUGAUGAAGAGGAGGUGGAAGAUGAAGGAACUCGUGAUGCUGGAGAGGAGAAAGGGAACCAAGGUGCCGAGAAGAGUCAAGCUAUAGAAACUCCAGGGGAGAGUUGA